AGCAGAAGGUAUGUUCUCAGCUCAAUACAUGUUGUACCUCUGAAAUGGAGGAACAGCUCAGCCUGCAAGGUCAGCAAGAGUUUAGCAAAAUUGUGCUGGAGACGAGCAAUGCUCUAUUGUCAACAUUUGCUUCAAGGUACAAGAAGUUUGAUGAAUUCUUCAAGGAACUUAUAGAAAAUGCAGAGAAAUCCUUGAAUGAUAUGUUUGUACGGACGUACGGCCAACUAUAUUUACAAAACUCUGAAGUAUUUCAGGAUCUAUUUAAAGAGUUGAAGAAGUACUAUGUGAUUGGAAAUUUAAAUCUGGAGGACAUGCUGAGUGACUUCUGGGCUCGACUCUUGGAGCGGAUGUUUCAGUUGGUGAACCCUCAGUACCAUUUCACUGAAGAAUACCUGGAAUGUGUUAGCAAAUAUACAGAGCAGCUGAAGCCAUUCGGAGAUGUGCCGCGCAAAUUGAAGCUUCAGGUGACAAGGGCGUUUAUUGCUGCUCGAACCUUUGCACAAGGUCUCAGUGUUGCACGAGACAUAGUGAAUAAAGUGGCUACAGUCAAUCCAACAACAGAGUGUACCAACGCACUGCUGAAGAUGACGUACUGUCCACAAUGUCUAGGGUUACUUCCUCUUAAACCUUGUAAAAAUUACUGCCUGAAUGUCAUGAAGGGUUGCUUGGCCAAUCAGGCAGAUCUGGACACAGAGUGGAACAAUUUUAUUGAUGCGAUGUUAAUGGUUGCAGAAAGGUUGGAGGGACCAUUCAACAUUGAAUCAGUAAUGGACCCCAUUGAUGUCAAGAUAUCUGAGGCAAUCAUGAACAUGCAGGAGAACAGCAUGCAGAUCUCUCAAAAGGCAUUUCAAGGCUGUGGCAAACCGAAGACUUGGUCAGCAAGUCGCUCAGGUCGAUCGGUGGCUGAUGGAUUUAAUGCUCGAUUCAGACCCUAUCGUCCUGAAGAACGUCCUACAACAGCAGCUGGCACAAGUCUUGACAGACUGGUGACGGAUGUAAAAGAAAAACUUAAGAAGGCAAAGAAGUUUUGGUCGACCCUUCCACAUAGCUUGUGCAGUGAUAACAGUUCAGCAGGUGUGACAGAGCAGAAUGAGUGUUGGAACGGAAGCAACAAGGGCAGGUACACAUUUGCUGUAAUGGGUAAUGGCCUAGCCAGUCAGCUUGACAAUCCAGAUGUAAAAGUAGAUAUCACCAAACCAGAUAUGAUGAUUCGUCGGCAGAUAAUGGCCCUCCGGACAAUGACUAGUAAAGUGAAGAAUGCUUAUGAUGGAAAUGAUGUAACCUUCCGUGAUACAAGUGAUGAAAGCAGUGGUGAAGAAAGUGGAAGUGGCUGUUUUGGGUUGGAUUGUCACUCUGAGUUUGACUUCAUGAGUACAGAUGCACCUGUGCUCUUUGGCCCUAUAGAACCCAAGAAAAUUGCUCCUGAAGAUACUGCUCACUCCAUUAGACCCUCGCAACAAGUUCUACUUAUGAGCUGUUUGAUAAUAAUCUUAGAGCAACAGUUGCGGUAAUCACACAAGUUGCUGAGAAGAGUCUUUGCACAUUGCUUUUUUUUUUAAAAUUACUCUCAUAUCAUUGUGACUUUGACUUUAAUUUCAAAUUUACUUUUAAUGUCUCAACAAUGAUGCAUGGUUGCUGCUUUAUUUGUUUUCAGAUUGCCAUUGGCACCACUGUAUCUGGGUCAUUGUGUUUAUGUGAACACGGGACUUUUUCAUUUUAACAUAUGAAUUUCAAAGUAAAUGCAGGUCUGUAGUUAGUGAAUCUUUAAAGUAUUUUUAAACUCCUUCUCAUUUUAUGUCGUUAAAGAGAUCAGGAUUCUGCGUAAGAAAAUGUAUUCAGUGGACUGUAGUUCCCACUCAUCCCCAAAGGGGCCAAUGGGAGGAAUUUAAUUAACCAGGAGGGUUGCAGGUGAGAAUCCCCCUCUCCAUGCUCCACACGCAAUUAAUAUCUGUUUGAGGGUUUCAAGCUGCAGCCACUUUUGUUUGAACAGGAGCUGAAGGGGCACUUGCCAUGCAGGGAACCCAAGCAAAUUGUGUCAAGUUUGUUAAAGAGCUUUCCAGCAAGGGUGGAGGUGGGGGAGUUGGCGAGGAGGGGCUCUUCACUGGAAGGCUAUGCAUUAAGUGGAAGGACCACUAAUUCCACUCCCUAUUCUUUCUUUCAACUUUCCAUUGUAUCCAGCAACCUUCACUCACUUUGAUCUGUGAUCCCUCGCCAUCUAAUAGAUGUAUUGCUGCCAGUGGCUGAUAGCAGUGGCAAACCGCUAGCCUCUGAUUGGCUGACCAUUUAAGUAGACUCCCCAAAGGAAGUGAUGUGAGACUACUACCAAUUCCCCAGUUGUUGGACAAAAGCCUAUCACCAAGAUUAAGUUCUACCCUCUGCAUUUCACGAUGAGGACCUGCACAAAAGCAACCAUACACAUCUUGAACUUAUUUGGAAUAAUGUUGCACCUAUCAAUGCAUAAAAAUACCUGUUAUUUAGUUGAGAUAUCUGCUAGACGCUCAGUGUAAGUUUGUAAUUUAUUUUGGUUCUAUAUAAUUGUAGAAUGAUUACAGCUGAGAUUAGUGAGUCCUUGAUUAAAGCAAGACAUUGCAGCUUUGAAAGGUGCUUUUAGAAUUGUUGGAAAGAGACUGCAGCACAAGCGCCAGAAUUUGGUCAUAAUUAACAGUGCUUGUUGACAUGUAGGGGAAUUGAAUUUUUCAUAUGAGAAAUCUAAAAGUUAAUUCUGGCCAUGUGUUGUGUUUUACCAUCUGCCUGAGUUGCUUUCUACAGUUUGAAGGUCAGUAGCAUCUUCCUGGGAUUUAUUUUUAGCUACAGAGUCGGAAUGCAAAUAUCAAUUUUGUUUUGGUCCCUGCUUUCAUUGUAAUGUUGAAUUUAUCUUUAUAUCAGAAUUUUAAGUACUUGUAAUUGCUAGCUCAGGGUCAAUACAUUGUUUUCUAAAAUUCUAAUCGGUAAUUUCAACAGAUUCUUUUUCAGUCAGCAGAAGACUAAUGGUACAUUUUUGCUGUUGAUAAAUUAUGCUUGGGAGUUUCGUAUCUAUAGAAAGUAGUUCAGUUUGAAAUAGGUCUUUUUUCUGAGAGUAUAGAUUGUAUAUAGCUGAGAUACUGCUGAGUGCAUAGCUCAGCUAACUGAAGGUGUUGACAUUUGCUGUUCCUUUAGUUAGACAAGGUAGAAUUUAGUCUGGCUUUCUGGAAGGGAAGGGAUGAUUGUGUCUAAAAUAUCCAUUCGUUGGCUGAAAUUCAGCUAAAGACCAGCAAAAUAAUGGCAUGGUCCUAUGGGACAGCCACUGUCAAAAUGCCUGCUGCGUCAUAUGCGAUCACUUAAGACAGACUAUUGAAUUCUGCUUUCUUUCAUCUUGCAAAAGCCUAUUAUAAUUCCAGGAUUUGUAUUUUAUUGUUGAGAUUAAUCAUUUAACUGAUUUUAUUGACUUGUUAGUUCAUUUUUAAGCAAAGUACAAAAUAUCCUUGAUGUAAGUUGUGAAACAUUUAUAGUGAUUGGCCUUCUAUUGACAAUGUAACAAAUAUGUAUGCUGGGAGAAGUCAUAUUGAAUGCAAAACAUUCUUGAGUAAAUGUGUGAACGUCAAA